GGGACGGCUCGCUCCCAUUGCCCUUAUCCCUUUUUUUAUCGCCAAAACAGCAACAAGCACACACCUCUUCUCCACCUCUAUUCUUCUCUUCCUGCCACUUUCUCCCAUUGAUGCAGGAAUGCUCUCUCUCCCUCUCCCUCUCUCUCUCUCUCCUUCUCAUUGAGCUAUUUUUCUUUUGCAAUAAUAAUCUUGGGAGUUGAAUAGAAAAUCAUCAGCAGCAGCAGCAGCAGGAGUAGGAUGUCGUGUUUGCUGCCACAGUUCAAGUGCCAUCCCGAUACGUUCUCCAUCCAAUUCAGAACUCACCAGCACAGUGUUAGUACCACCCAUUCACACCCACAAAACGUUUUAAGAGUGAAAAGAGAAAGGAAGACCUUUAUUGUUAGAGUCUGCUUCUGGAAUCAAAUUGUGACAUCUCUUGAUGGAGCCAAAAAGGGAUUCAGAACAGUCAUUUGCUUUUCUUUCCCUAUGUGUUUGUCUACAAGUUCCUGAUUUAGAUCUUACACCCUUACGCCUUUUUAAUAUUGUUUUCCACCAGAGCUUUUUUCUCUUUAAUUUUUUCCCCAAUAAAACCUUUUGUGGUAGUCUGUCUAAAUGUAUUAUUAAUUCAUUAACUGGGACAUAGUAAGUUGUACAAACCAAUGCUUAAGUACUGUUACAAAGCUAUUAUUGAGCUAUUAUUUAUGAACAUAUAGUUGAGAUGUUUAAAAAUGAUAGAUUCUCAUAAUUCCUUAUACAAAAUGUUUAAAAAUAAUAGAUUCUCAUAAUUCCUUAUAAACAUAUAGUUGAUUUUUUCACCCUUGUACUGAUGUUAGUGAGUAUCUUGCAAAAUGGCAUUUGGACUUCACAGUUGCUUAGAAUAUAACCUUAAUAUGUAUCGUUUUGGCAACUAUGCUCUCACUUUGGAUAAGUGCCUAUAUAUGCCAGCGAUCUUAUUUGUCAUUACACUUUAAUGAUCUUUAUCAAUGAUUGAAAAACAAGGCACAUUCGAAGAACUAGUCAUUGAAAAUAUCAUGUCUUGCUAUGUCCUCUCUGAUUGGAUUAUGCUUGUAAUUAUGAAGGGCUCUAUCUCAAGCAAUAGGCUGUCAGGAAAAUUACUUCUCGAGCUCAUUUGCGAUCCAAUAUUUAUCUUGAUAGGCAAUGUGCUGUUAAAUAGUUAGGUAUAUUCCUGUCUCUUUACUCAUUGGUUUUGUCCAAGUGGUUUAUUUGGGUUAAGAUAUUAAUUAUACGCUGGACAUUGAUUGAUGUUCAAAAUCAGUGACCAAUCUAUAUGUUCUCAAACAUAUUAAAUUGAGAUCUACCCUUCCAUCUCAUGUAAGCUUUCUGUUAGAUGAUCUCUGAGGUACUUCAACAUGGUUUACUGAGUUUCAUUCAAAUGUAAUUUUUUGUCUUCAUUGUGCACAUUUAUUAGCUUACAUGCAGAGUUUUAUUGGUUUGCAGAGUUUUGUUGUUUUUAGAUGACAUGCAGACUCAGUAAAUCUUAUUGGCUUUAUUUUGGUCAUGAUCAAUGGGUGAUUUUUUUUUAUAAGUAUGAUCAAUGGGUGAAAUGUGCAGAAAAGAGUAGAGAUCGUAUUGAUAUUCGAGCACAAUGCAUAUUAUCCACCACAUCAUUUUCAACAUCAAUAGGAAGUACUGCAGUGCUUAAUAUGGGGAAGCUGAGAUUACCUUCUUUAGAAACCGAUUCUGACCCGUUCACCACAAACAAACCAUGGACAUACAUGGGGGCAGUUGGUCCACCCACAGAGAAGGCAAAAUUUGAAGCAACAUUAGCAACAGAGACGCUUAUUACAAGCGAAGAGGCUGUGAUAGCUGCUGCUGCUGCUGAAGCUGUUACUCUUGCAAAAGCAGCUGUCAAGUUUGCAAAGGAUGCAGCCAUGCUGGUUAACAAUAACCACUCUGAAAAAGCAGAUACUAGGUCAUCAGUUUCUUUCGAAGCUGAUGUUUUACAUUUCAACUGGGUUCAGCCUGUGAAAACUGAUCGAGCUGCUAUAGUAGGAGAUCCCAGGGGACCUGAAGCUGGACUGUUGGAAAAUCAUUCAAUGCAACAUGCCACAAAAGAGUCUGAUGACUUGGAGCCAACAGAUAAGGAACUUGACCUUGUGCAAGAACAACUUUCCAAGAGUCCAGCUGUAAGAUCGAGGCGCCAAACAGAACGAAAGGCCAAAAGAGCCAAAGCUGCAGAGAAGGCUGCUGCUAAUGUUGUGUCUGUGAAGCCUGGUUCUACCAGCCGGAAAAAGCGUGUUUCUUUACAAGAUAUAGACUACUCUGAUCCAUUGCGUUACUUGAGAGCAACUACCAGCACAUCUAAGCUUCUUACUUCAACUGAAGAACUGGAGUUGUCCGAAGGAAUACAGGACCUAUUGAAACUGGAAAAGCUCCAUGAGGAGCUAGCUGAGCGAUGUGGCAGUCAGCCUGCCUUUGCACAAUGGGCUGCAGCUGCUGGAGUUGAUCAGAAAACCCUGAGGAAGCGCUUAAACUAUGGUACUCUUUGCAAAGACAAAAUGAUUAAAAGUAACAUACGGCUUGUUAUAUCAAUUGCAAAGAAUUAUCAGGGGGCUGGGAUGAAUCUUGAAGAUCUUGUUCAGGAAGGAUGCCGAGGUCUUGUAAGAGGUGCAGAGAAGUUUGAUGCUUCAAAGGGUUUUAAGUUCUCAACCUAUGCUCACUGGUGGAUUAAACAGGCAGUUCGGAAGUCUCUUUCUGAUCAGUCCAGGACAAUUCGCUUACCUUUUCACAUGGUGGAGGCAACUUACAGAGUGAAGGAAGCUAGAAAACAAUUGUAUAGUGAAAAUGGAAGACAACCCGAUGAUGUAGAAAUUGCAGAGGCAACAGGGCUGUCAAUGAAGAGGCUUACAGCUGUAUUACUGACUCCAAAAGCUCCUAGAUCUCUAGAGCAGAAGAUUGGCAUCAACCAGAAUCUUAAACCUUCGGAAGUAAUUGCUGAUCCCGAUGCAGAAACUGCAGAAGAGCUUCUGAUGAAGCAAUUCAUGAAGCAGGACUUGGAGAAUGUAUUAGACAGUCUCAAUCCAAGGGAGAGGCAAGUCAUCAGAUGGAGAUUUGGAAUGGAGGAUGGAAGGAUGAAGACAUUGCAAGAGAUAGGAGAGUCCAUGGGUGUUAGUAGAGAGAGAAUCAGGCAAAUUGAGUCAUGUGCAUUUCGUAAAUUGAAGAACAAAAAGAGAACCAAACAUUUGCAGCAGUAUUUGCUUCCAUAAGCCCCCAUCGGAUAUAGGAAUUAGAUUGUUGAAGAACGGAGAUAAUAUAGUUAGAGGUCUGAAACGGCUUUCCUGCUUUAUGUCUAUGUUUAUAACUUAUUUUUUCAUCUUGCAGGACAGAAUGUAACUUAUUUCAGAAAACUGGAGAAAGGUUAUGUAUAGACAAGCAUUUGAAAUUAAAGCAUUUUCCUCAUAA